UGACUUACUCGUUUUCUACAAUUCUGCAGACUGAAGACACUCUUUCAGAAUACAAGGAUGCUACAUGACAAUCAAAAUGGAGAGCUUAGUUUCCUUGGAGGUUUAGAACCCAGUCAAUCUGAAAUGGAUAUUCAGAUGAAUAGGUUAAAACAGAAGGAACAAGCAGCAUCUCAAGAAAAUGUAGACCCACUAAAUGACCAUGAUGACGCUUCCAUAAGUGACAUGGAGGUCAGAAUUCAACGUCGGGAAUCUGAACUCCCCAAAGUGAAAACUUCUCGAGAUUCUUUUAAAAUAGAAUUGGAAGAAUGUAAGCGCCUCUACCUAGAGGAAUUAAAACUUAGAACAUCAUUGGAAAACAAACUCAACAAUACUAAUGACAGGCUGGCAGAGAUGAGAACCCAGCUUCUCAUGAAGGCACCACAGAACACUUCACUCAGCACCGAUCGUAGGAGGCCAGUCCAGCUGCCACCUUGCACUGGAAGGCUAAAUGAUUGGUUCCUACCUCGAGGAAAUCUCGCUCCAAGAGAACAGUUGGUGAUUCUUACGUCAACCCCACAGACUCCUAAUAAUGGCACGUUGACCAACUAGAUGAAGAGUCAGAAAUUGAUGGAAAUUUCCUGAAGUACCUGGCCAGGAAGUACCUGCCAGGAAGUACCUGGCGUGUUACUUUAACCUCAGUCAGAAAUCCUCAAGCCCAUUCCUGGCCCGCAGCUCAUUGGUUUUGUGACCUCAGGUGACCUCUAAUCUCUCUGCGCCUUGGUUGCCUGUUAUGUAAAAUUAUGGACUUUGACUAAAUCAGUGACUUUCUGACUUGAAAAAUAUUUAUUUUUCAGUCUAAUACGGUUCUUUUAAAAAUUUUUUUGCAUGAAACUAUAUUAUAUAAAAUAUAGACAAGUAGAGCUGCCCAGCUAAGGGAGAGAUGGAGACUCUGAGACUUUGGGAUCCUGCGGGGUCCCCAGUGGAAACUUAGAUUCUAUGGGACAUAGUCUGAGAACUACCGGUUAGGAGAAAACCCUUUUAGUGAAACUCCCUGAAUUAAAGUUUGUGGAUACAUUCUUUUCCUGUGUGUAAUUUUCUCACCUUUCUAUGUUUUUGAUAAAUGGAAAAGUAUAAAUAAACUUGCAGGAGCAUUCUCCUCCUUAAUAUUGGACUUCAAGCUACUUCUACUACCUGAACACAAUCCUCACCUAGAAAUAAACAUAAAGAUAAUCGAUGUAAAUAUUUAGGAAAAGGGCUUUGGGGAAAAGAAAAUAACGUUACAUUUGUAGUUCCCUAAUUCAAGUCAUGUAAAAAUGUGAUUUGCAUUUUAUAUAUUAUUGAUUAAUGGUAAUUAAAAGUGUUUCAUGACAGGCCUCUCCCUUCACCUGGCAUUGGGUUGUUGUUUUUACAAGGCCUGUUUAGUAAUGUUGUCACAUUAUUCAUUUUAUAAGCCCUUUUCUAUGAAGCUAUUGACAAAAAAGUGUUAUGGAUAACAGUCUCUGCAAAUAUUGGAAAAUAUGACGGCCAACAGAUUUGUCUUCACACCUGAAUGUGUAAAGGCAUUGGAUGUCAUAUUAUCGUUGUCACCACACGACAACGUCUAUUAGGUUCUGGACAUUAUUAGGUUCUGGACUAUUAGGUUCUGGACAUUAUCGUCAGCCCCGUUUCGGUCAUUUAGUGAGAGGAUACCUUUCAGAAGGAAGGAUUAAACAAGAAAACUUUAGACUGGGAUACUUGAGGUAUAGUUUGAAAUAUUCCCAUACAUUUCGUAAUUAAGUAGACUAACUACAACCACUCGAAUAUUUCAAAAAUUGGACCUCCCUCAUUUCUAGAAAGAAUAUGAAGUUACAAUUAAAUAAUUAUAUAUUCUUUUUGUUUUUUUCUAAUUCUUCAGUCAUGAAUCAGAAACUAAAUUUGAAAACUGGCUCUAGGGCAUACUUUUUAAAUCAGAUUUUCUGUAAUCUUUGUGUCCAUACACAUAUAAAUGUUUCAGUCAUGAUACAGACAAGAAAAUAGUUUUUGUUAUUGUUGCUGACAGUAGAAUUUUCACGUGACGUGAUAGGACCACUAUCAUCAUUUUAUGUAUUUAAGGUUCUGUGCUGAGAAAUAGCCUAGAACACACCUUAAGAUUAAUUUUUUAAAAGUGCAAGAAACCAUUAAGGUGAAAAAUCCAUAAAGGAAAAAAUCCAUUAAAGUAAAAAAAAAAAAAAAGCUGAUUAAACUUGUAUAAAGGGCUGUUUUUCUAAGGAUUGAAAAGUAAUGCAUUCACUGUAAAAUAUGACUUGUUUGAUUCUUUGCAGGAAUCAGAUCACACCUCACCCUUCUGAAAUUGUGUCUAUUAAGUAGACCAAUUUCAAGUGUACUUUUGAUCGGAUUAGUCUAAACAGCAUCUCAUAUAUAUGUUCUCUAUUAAAUUAAAAUGAGUAGAAAUUUAUUUUAUUUAUGUGAUUAUUUUUGUGUGUAUUUACACAACGCCCAAGUAAGGUCUCCUCUUUAAAGGUGUUAUUUAAAGGCCACAUUCCUACAGUAAAGUCUCUUGUUUAACUUAAAUACUGUAACUGGAGUGACGUCAUAGGAAUGGCGGCAGCAGGGCGCACUUUCUGAGUUCUCCUCCGGAUCUUGUUGCAAACGGGACCUAUAA